UGAAGUUCAAACUGUGAACAUAUCUGAUUUUUUUUUAGUGAGUUUUCAAUUCUUUUACAAUUUACUUAGUGAAUAAAGAGCUAAAUAACCAAUCGGCAGGUAAAUCGAUAUUCUAAGCGAUUUUAUAUUUUCAUCGCGAUGGACCAUUGGCCAAAAGAUGUCGGGAUACGCGCUAUCCACGUCGUCAUACCGUCGUUGUACGUCGAUCAAACCGAUUUGGAACGAUACGACCGAGUGUCCGAAGGAAAAUACACCGUCGGUCUGGGCCAAAAGCAAAUGGGAUUCUGCACGGACCUCGAAGACGUGAACUCGCUGUGCCUGACGGCGGUCAGCCAGCUGAUGGAGAACAACGGGCUCAGCUAUUCGGACAUAGGUCGGCUGGAGGUGGGCACCGAGACCAUAGUGGACAAGUCGAAAAGCGCGAAAACCGUUUUGAUGAAGCUGUUCGAGGACACCGGCAAUUUCCAGGUGGAGGGUAUCGACACGACCAACGCCUGUUACGGCGGCACGGCGGCCCUGUUCAACGCCCUGUCGUGGACGGAGUCGAGCGCGUGGGACGGCAGGCUGGCCUUGGUGGUGGCCGCCGACAUCGCGGUGUACGCGGAGGGCGGCGCACGUCCGACGGGCGGCGCCGGCGCCGUGGCCAUGUUGAUCGGCCCGGACGCCGCGCUGGUGGUCGACCGGGGCCUGCGGGGCACGUACAUGAACCACACGUACGAUUUCUACAAGCCCGACCUGUGGUCCGAGUACCCGGUGGUGGACGGCAAGCUGUCCGUCGAGUGUUACCUGAACGCCCUGGACCGGUGCUACGAGUCGUACCUGAGCAAGUGCCGCGACGGCGAUGACGACGCCGUCGUCCGCGGCCUCGGCCGGUUCGACUCGUUCGUGUUCCACGCGCCGUACUGCAAACUGGUGCGGAAAUCACUGGCCCGGUUGUACGCCAACGAUUUCGUCAACCGCCGCGGCGGCGCGGAGUACGAGAGCGGCUGGCCGGGGCCGGAACUGCGGGAGCGCCUGCGGCUGCGGCCGGCCGCGCUUUUCGACCGGGACGUCGAGAAGACGUUCGCGGAGCGCAGCGGCGCCGUUUUCGCGGACAAGACCGAACCGUCGCUGGCGCUGGCGUCGCGGGUCGGCAACACGUACACGGCGUCUGUGUACGGCGGACUGGCCUCGUACCUGAUGUCGGUGCCGCCCGAACGGCUGGCCGGCAAGAGGAUCGGCGUGUUCUCCUACGGGUCCGGUCUGGCGUCGUCCAUGUACUCGGUCAGGGUGGUCGACAACGGUCUGUCCGUUCUGAUCGGCAACCUGAAGAAGGGCUUCGACCGUCUGGACCAACGGACGCGCCUUACGCCCGAACAGUUCGCGGACGUGCUGGACGUCCGACAGAAGUGCCUGCACCGAGCGCCCUACGUGCCGACCGGCGACAGGGACCGGCUGUUCCCCGGCACGUGGUACCUGUCCCGUAUCGACGAAAUGCGCAGGCGGUACUACGAGAGAAAAGAAUAAUAAUGACAAUUGGCGUCGUCGUCGUUUAGAGUGUCCCGUGGCGAUCAACACUUUUGUUUUAUCGAAUAGUUUCAUUCGCCUUUAUUUUCGUGUGAAUUAUUUACUGAUGUACCAAAUUCGGAUUCAAACGAGUCGAUUCUCAAAAAUCAAAAUAUUUCCAUUUUUUUAAAUUAUAAAUGUCGUCAAUUGUCUUCCAAACCCGUUGUCACGAACCUAUUAUCCUAUGUUAAAUAACUCAAAAAGUUCUUGUUCAAAUUUGUAACAUUUU